CAACGCCUUGUUGAAAAACUGAAACUCUGCUCAAGAGCUAUUUCCUUCACCUGUAAAGGACCGCUUUGUGUGUUUGGGAUGUGUGACGUAUUAUUAGCAUAGAGAUGUUUUGUUUUUUCUCUGUUUAUUAGCUUGUCGCUACUGCGUCAUAAGCAGCUGCUUUUUUUUUUUUUUUUUGGUUCUCCACGACUACUUUCACUUUCGUCGCUGCGUUAGUGUUUCUUGGUUCGGUGCGCCGUAUGCAGUGCUCUCCCGUGUUGUGUUGGGUUGUUGUUUUGUUAGGAGUUGUGACGUGAUAGCACGAAGCUCGCGCGUCGAAGCCACUCGGAAACCUGGGAGAACCAAAAGGAAAGGGAUGUUCCCCAGCAUGUUUACACCAUUCUUGUAAAAACGAGGGAUGGACGUACAAGACAAGGUGGGGGAUGAGUUUGUGUGCCCCGAGGCACUGCGGGGUUCUCUGAACUCCCAGCAGGAAACCGUGGAGAGGAUAUUCCGAGUGUCGUUCACCAUCAACACGAGAAACAUGCCGCCCGGUACCAGCGGGCAGAUAUGGCUGCGACUGCAAGGGUCAGACCGUGACGUGAAAGCAGCCAAGAUUUUUGUGAAGGGACUUGUGAGCCAGGAGGUGCAACAGGAGAUGUCCUAUGCCGCCGCACUCAACUGCAUCUUUUGCAGUGCCAAUGGGUUCUUCAUGGACUGCAUGAUCAAGAGCACUUCAGCACAGAUUGCGGUGAGCUCUCCGGGCUUGCUGCUCAUAUCUGGUCUCACUGAGCCGGUGGUGCGAGCCUAUUCCCUCAUCGCUGACCUGUUGGAGAGAUAUAAGGGGGGGCAGGCCGCGUCCUCGGACGCUGAAGAACGAGGUUCGGGUGAGUUGUGUAAUUCACCCCAGGCGUUCAAAGCGCUGGUGGAGAAAUGGGAGGACCACCACAUCCUGGAUCUCCUCGUACUGCCGCGAUCUGUGAAGGAAGCCCUGCUGGACCUGGUGAAAGACUCGGGACUUGCGCCUAACAUGAAACGAGUAGGAUUACAUGACCGUAGCCUGCCUGGGAUGACUUUGGGUGUGCCCGGUGCCGCUGAGGAAGGACAAAUGGAGGCUCAGCAUGAUGCGAGAGAAAAGGAGCGGACGGAACAGGAUGAAGUUGAGGUGGAGACGUUGAAACCGGGAAACAAGGAGUUCUGGCUUUUGUUGAAAUUCUUCACGGCCAUGGGGUACACAGAGGACGUGGUUAAACGGGUUCUUGGCCGAACAGGACCCAAAGAGGCCUCUCAGAUACUGGACCUGGUUCAGCAAGAGCAGGACUACAGUGGCGGGGAACACCAGAGUAAGAGGAACCCACUUCAUAAGAUGGAUGACAAGACAGUGGGAGGAGGAGGAGGAGGAGAUGUGCCGUGCGAGGUCGGUGCUGUUGGCGCCGCACAAUCCAAGGAAGAGGAUGACUUUGUGUUGGGAGUUCUGAAGCGAGCCGCCGUGAGUUGCGGCUACACCGAGCACAAGGUGGCCAAGGCUUGCAGCAUGUUGCCGCAUGGAGCCAGCCACUUGCUGCUCCUGGAGCUGCAGAAGGAGACCGGCAGUGAAAUGGAAGUCUUAGAGGAGGAGAGUCCGAAAGCUGGAAUGACAAAGGAUGCUGAGAGAAGAGCAAGUGCUUCAGAAACAGCAAGCCAAGCAAAACCUGGUUCCAAUCCGGAUUUGAAUGAAGUCCUGGUGCUCCCACGUCCCGAUCCUGCCAAAGGGCCACCCGGGCCAAUGUAUGCCUCAUCUUUCCCUCACGGCCCGUGCCUGAAACCUCAAAGCCUGAGCUGCUCGAAGGGAACGCUCCAAGCUCAGCAUUCUCCCACCGGGUCCAGAGAAUCCUCCAAUGGGGCCAGCGUCCCCUCGAUGGCGGUGACGGGCAAGCAGCGCUUCCUUGAGGGUCUGCAGACACCCUUUAAACUCCAGCUAACAGACCAACCGGGGAACCCUAAGCUGAGGACCAUCGUCAUUGAUGGGAGCAACGUGGCCAUGAGUCACGGGCUGGGGCAGUUUUUCUCGUGCCGAGGCAUUGCUUUGGCUGUUCAGCAUUUUUGGGAGCGCGGUCAUCGGCACAUCAGUGCUCUGCUGCCCCAGUGGCGGCAGAAGAGUGACCCCCGCAUCCGAGAGCGGCACUAUCUAGGUGAGCUGCAGAAUCUGGGCCUGCUCUCCUUCACACCCUCCAGGGAGGUAAUGGGUACGAGAAUCAGCUCGUAUGACGACAGACUAAUGCUGCAACUUGCACAAAAGACCGAUGGCGUGAUCGUGACCAACGACAAUCUCAAGGACCUUUUGAAUGAGUCGAUCGCAUGGAGGGACAUCAUCAAAAAGAGACUGCUUCAGUACACGUUUGUUGGUGAUCAUUUCAUGGUUCCAGAUGACCCACUGGGAAGAGGGGGCCCUCAUUUAGACGACUUCCUCCGUUCGGAUUGCAGGACAUCCGUCCCGGCUGGUGUAGCCACACAUUCCGCUUCCUUCAAUCCACAGUACUCACAAAUUCCAGCCCACAACUUCCCUGACCAAACACCGGGUGGCGCUCUGAAUAGAGCAAGUGAAGGGAGCAGGGAAGCGGGACUCGAGCACCCCAAGCCCAGAGACAAGCAGGGUUCUGAGACGGCUCUGGCCAGCAGAACGGUGGAGGCCACGGCAAGCCUGAGAGAGCGUCUUUGUCAGGUGUUUCCUGGUCAGGACAACAUGGUGAUGCUGGUUCUGCAGAGCAACCCGACAGAGAAUGACCUCAACGUGCUCUCGGCCCUUCUUUUGGAGCAAUAGAACUUGAACACUUUUCGCAAAUUCACACAACUGCGAUCCCUUUUUCAUCUGCUGUUCACCGGAGUGUCCGCUAGAGGCGGCACCUAUGGCAUCUGUACAUACAGUGUUUCACCUUAUUAAGUUGAUUCUUAUUUGAUUCGAAGUUUGUAUUGCACCAUAUUGUGUGAAAUGUUGCCCACUUGGCAUCCAUUGUAUCCUCGUCAUCCUGGAUGAGGGCGUUCUCUCAUCUGCGGCCUCUUCUCAAGGUCUGUCAUUUUUUUCCCAAGAUGGGUUUUUAGAGAGUUUAUCCUUGCCUUCCUGGGAGUUAAGAACAGGGGAUGUUGUUCAUAUUUGUCAACAGUGAGCAUGUGAAGUCCUGUGAGAAUUUUUUUGUGAUUUCAGUUUAUAUAAAUAUAUUUGACUUGACUGGU